GUCUAGCACUUCACUCCACUCUCCAACACACGGACGACCCCCACGCCGCCGGCCUCGGAGAAGAAGCCGCACCCGCCGCCGCCUUCUCCAGCCAGCCUACAGUAAUAACCUCCCCCCUUUCGUCUCCUCCCGCCCGCCCGCAUCCAAUCCAACCCGACCUGGCCCACCCACCCGCAAACCCCGCGUCGUUUCCUCUUACUCCUCCCGCACCGCUCGCGUUUCCAUAACCCCCACCCACAUCAACGCCAUCCGCAUCCCCACUGGUGCGUGGGACCCGCGAUGGAAAACCCAGCGGCAGCGGAAGCGGCGGCGGCGGCCGACCCGGAAACCCUAGCCGCCGGGGAGCUGGUGUGGGCCAGGACCAAGGGCCGCGGCCACUGGUGGCCCGCGCGCCUCGCCGCCGCCUCCCCCGCCGCAUCCCGCGCCGCGCCCGUCUGCUUCUUCGGGGACCACGACGACGACGGCGGCAGCGACCCCCGCCGCGCCACGCGGCUUAAGCGCUUCUUGGAUGCCCAAGACGAAGACGCCGACGCGAUGGCCCGGGCCAGCACGGCCCGCCCCUUCCUCGCCGCCGUCGACGCCGCGCACGCCGCCGCCGUCGCGCUCCUCUGCAGGGACCUCACCUGCGCCUGCGCCUCUCCUCCUCCGUCCUCGGAGGAGGCGGCGGCGGCACCUGAGGUCGUCGUCGUCGUCAGCGGCGUGGCGAACAUGGCCCCCGCGGAGUUCCUGGCCGCGCUCCGCGACGGCGCCGCGCUGGACGCCUCGACCGUGGGGCUGGCGGCCCGCGCGAGGCUCAAGAGCUGGGUCCGCGCCCUCGCCCAGGGCUGGGGCCCUGCCGGCCCCGGCCGCUAUCUGCGCCGCUCGGUCGAGGAGCUCGUCGACAAGAUCGACCUUGACGUGCUGGCGGUGGAUGACAAAGACGACGAUGACGCUGCCGUGGAGGAGGAUGAAGAGGAGGAGAAGGCGGUGGUGGUGGAGCGGCUGCAGGAGACGCCCGCGCAGAGGCGGCGUAGGGUCACCAAGCUGAUGGAGGAGCUGGAUGGAGGGGAGGAGGUCGCCGACGACGACCAGAAGGAGGACGAGGACAAUGGCAGUGGAGACCCUGGGACGGCAGGGCUGUCCUCGAGGCGGGAGCGGAAGAAGAGCAAGUACCUCUCGCCGCCCUACACCAAUCCAGGAGGGUUUACCAUCAUCGAGAAGCUGGAUGAUCUGCCAAAGGAGUUGCUGCUGCCUAGUGCUGGUAAAGAUAACAAGAAGAAGGCGUUGCUGGACAAUGUCGGUGUGCGGGAGGUCUUGUUGCUGGUUUGUCGCUUUGGGAAGGAUGUCUUCCAUAAGAACAAGUUCCCCAAGGCUGCCGAGGGGUUCCUUGCUUUGCGUAGAAGCUCGCUGCACGUUGAGGGUGCUGAUCAUGGGUCCUAUGUGGAGCAUAAAUGUCCGGCAGCGGGUACUGAUGCCAAAGCUGCUGCAGACGUUGCUGGUCUGGUGUCUGGUUCAUGUGCUGAUCCGAAACAAGGGAAGGGUGCAUUGAAGAGGUGUAGAAAGAACGAUCAAGAUGGGAAUGGUGGUUCUUCUAUUAAGAGGAAGAUGAAGAAAACCUCUCUCACGAGUCCAGCGGAGAACGUUCUUGUAAAAGCCAGUGAGGAUGCUACUGGUUUGGUUUCCCAUUCAUCUGCUGAUCUGAAACAAGGGAAGAGUGUAUCGAAGAGGAGUAGGAAGAAGGAUAAUGAUGAGAAUGGUGGUUCUUCUGUCAAGGGGAAGAAGAUGGGGAAAGCCUCUCCAAUGGUUACUCCUCUUGAAUGUCCAGCGGAGAAUGUUUCUGUAAAAGCCAGUGAGGGCAUUGCUGGUUUGGUUUCUGAUUCAUGUGCUUCUCCGAAACAAGGGACAUCUGUAGUGAAGAGGGGUAGAAAGAAGGGUCAAGAGGGAAGCGUCGCUUCUCCUAUCAAGAGGAAGAAGAUAGAGAAAACCUCUCCAACUGCUACUCUUGGCUGUGGCGUAGUAAUUACUCCUGCUGUUCCUAUCAGGCAAGUUAGAGCAGAAGAUAUAAGAAGCGAGGUGAAAACAGGCGGUGUUGCAAAGGACAUUGGAGUUGGGAUUCUGGAUCAGAAGAACAAGUUGAUGACUACAAGUCCUGUUUCAGCUGCAACCUCUGGAGGAAUAAAAUCAGGAGAGAAGCAGGACCAAGCAGAUUGUGGAUCUGCUGUGAAGACACCAGUGAAUGCUUUGCCUAGCAAAUCUGCAGAAAAGCAUGACAGUGGUACCGUGGAAGCAACAGAAUCAGGAACUGGUAUGAAUGCUCAGACUGUUAUUGCAGAUGUGCCUGUGAGAACAGUUGAAGCAACAAAAUCAGCAACUGAUAUGAAUGCACAACCUGUUAUUGCAGAUGAGCCUGUGAGAAUUGUUCAGGCUGAAGCAACAAAGCCUGAAACUGGUAUUCAGGUUGAUAUGAAUGUCCAAAGUGGUAUUGUCGAUGUGCCUGUCAGAAGUGUGGAAGUGAGUACUGUCCUAGAAACUGAUGCUUCUCUGGAGGCAACGGUGCCAGAAAUGCAGAAGCAAGUGGAGGUGGUCACUCCUGGAACAAAUGUCAUGGCAAUGAGCCACACACUUGCAGAUGACGGUCAAAAGGGUGAACAACCUGAACAGAAGAAGACAGCUUGUGAGGCAAUUGCAAAUCAUUUCCCUGCAAAAGCUUCUAAUGGAACCGGCCCUUACCCACCUAAUUCUACUCCUAAGAGGAAGAAGAAAGAAACUGCACAGUACUUUGCACAUCCAGCAGAGAUUCUGUUGGAAUUCACGCCGGGUGUCAUCCUCCCUUCCAAAGAGGAACUAAUCUCUGCAUUCAGCAAGUUUGGCUCCUUGAUCGAGUCUGAGACUGACAUUUUAAAAGAUGCCUUCAGCGCACGUGUCGUGUUUGGAAAAAGUGCAGAAGCUGAGGCAGCCUACAACAAGCGAGAAGCCGUCGGUGUGUUCGGCCAGUUUGGGCCUCCUUUUGCCACCCUAAAGAGGCUUACUUAUCUUCCCGCAACCAAGCUGAGCAUCCCUCCUCCGCGUUCACCUGCUGCUUCGAAACCUUCGCUCCUGGACAUGAAGAAAAACCUCGAGAACAUGAUCUCAUCGCAUGGCACGAACCCGAACCUCCUGAGUCAGAUGCAAGGGCUCCUGUCGCAGGUUGAGAAGAUGGUGGCCGGGUCCUCUAGCGCUACGAGCACUCCUCCUUAGGCCCCUGCUGUAUGCACUUAUGAAUCAGGCUUCUCCCUAGCUCAUGAUCUUGAUAGUCGGUGCUGGCUGUAUUUUGUUAAUUAAUUAGAGCUGCUUAUUUCCAGUUUUAGAUAAAUUAGACCUGUCGAUCGGUUCAGCAGUUAUGGUCUGAUGAAACUCAUGCGAAUGGUAGACGGUGUUAUCAUGUCCCUGCUUCUUGUGCCUGGUUUAUGUCCGAAUCGCAGUUUUUUUUCCUGCCCCUCA